AGCAAGACGCAAUGCAUACGUAAGCAUAUACAUGAGGUCUUCACUCUUCCUCUUACUUUUCGAAAAUGAUACUCCGGCGACAUUGGAUAUUUUCCCUUGCCCUUUCUUUCUUCUUCUGUCAUACUCACAUUGCCUCUGUGCUUGCAGAUGAUGAGUUCGACUGUCAUGUUACUGUAAGCUCGACUGUCAAAUUCGACUUGACAUCCAUCGGCGGCGAGCGUACCGUCUCUCGAAAGCGCGAUACGCCGCCGACAUCAAUGGUGGACACCGUCAGGCUAGAUCUGUGCAGUGAGUUGCCGUCGCAGGAUGGUGUGAACGAACGAGACCAAUGUCCUAGCCAUACAAGAGUGUGUCUGACCAAGAUAAAUAAGAAGGAGGAUGCGGAUGACCGGAUUGUUGCUGUCGUUCCCAUUGUGCAGACCUCGACGGCGAAUCCGUCAUACAAGGCGCUAUCAGCGCCAAAGGGAUUGUCCGUCAUUAUGCACGGACCGUCAUAUACCAGCGGCUCGGCGGCUCAGACCCUCAAUCUAACUCUGCUCUGUGACCCAGACGCCUCCAACUCUGACCCUACAAUUAUGUCUUACGAUGGGGCAGAGCUUCGCUUAGAAUGGCACACUCCUGCUGGCUGCUCAUUUGGCGAAGACAACAGUGGAGGUGGGAGUGGAGGUCCGAGUGAUGGGCCUGCAGAAGAGAGUGUUGGGAGCGGCUUAGGCUGGUUCUUCUUAGUAUUGCUGCUCGCCUUCUUGGCCUAUUUUGGCCUUGGCGCCUACUACAAUUACACCACCUACGGUGCCAGCGGGAAGGACCUGAUACCACACCGCGAUUUCUGGCAGGAAGUUCCGUAUAUGCUCAGUGAUGUUGCUUCACAUCUAUGUUCUUCUGUGCGCCCACGGCGAUCAUCUGGUCGUGGAGGAUACAUUGCCGUGUAAUGGACAUGGGGGGUACUGGAUUAUUACGUGCCCAUCUCGUGUUUCGUAGACCCGUAUAAUAUUGCUGUGGUGGCUACUGUAUAGUGAAUACAUACUGAGUACUGUAUAUUGGUAUCUUUGGUCGCGACGACCCUAACGCAAACAGUGCCAAU